CACAGUCGGGUGGCUCUUGGCGCAGCCCCGGCCCUUCACCCUCCCGAGAAAAGCUGGGUCAGCGACAGGAGGAGCGCGUGGCCCAGCCGCUCCGUCCCGGAAGAAUUCGACCCUCGGCCUCACGUUGGGCAAGGCAGAUGGCACAGCCGGGCCCAGAGGGCUCAGGUGCGAGGACAGAUGGGAGGAGGAGCGUCCGCGGGUGGCCACUGGGUGGCCACACGGAAGCCUUGUGGACCUUGACGAAACCUGGAGCGUGAGGCUGAGAAAACCACCUCCUGGGCAAGCCGGAGGCUACGGCCCAGGCAGGAGCCAGGAGCCCGAGUCGCUGGCCCCCUGGAGCAGGCGACCUGAGGCCCUUUCCUCGGGGGUCUGACUGCGUCAGCGCCUAUCCCCUUACCUUCUCUGGGCCUUGACUACAGGAGAGGAGGAUAGCAUGUUCACAAGUUCACAAGAGGUUUAAAAGAUGGCCUUCUCAGACCUGGAGCAAUUAUGCUUUCAUAUUAAUGAAAAGAUUGGCAAUAUUAAAAAAACUCUGUCAUUAAGAAACUGUGGCCAAGAACCUACCCUGAAGAGUACCUUAAAUAAAAUAGGCGAUGAGAUCAUUGUAAUAAAUGAACUUCUAAAAAAACUGGAAUUAGAAAUACAGUAUCAAGAACAAACCAACAGUUCACUCAAGGAACUCUGUGAAUCACUUGAAGAAGAUUAUAAAGAUGUGGAACAUCUCAAAGAAAACAUUCCUUCCCAUUUGCCUCAAGUAACAGUAACCCAGAGCUCUUUUAAGGGAUCAGGUCUUGACCCUGAAGAACCAGUCAAAGUUGAGGAACCUGUACCCACAAAGAAGCCCCCAAAAGAACAAAGAAUUAUUAAAGAAAUGCCUUUUAUAACUUGUGAUGAGUUCAAUGAUGUUCCUGCGUACAUGAAAUCCCGCUUAACCUAUUCUCAAAUUAAUGAUGUCAUUAAAGAAAUCAACAAGGCAAUAAUUAGUAAAUAUAAGAUCCUACAUCAACCAAAAAAGUCUAUGAAUUCUCUGGCCAGAAAUCUCUAUCACAGAUUUAUUGAUGAAGAAACAAAGGACACCAAAGGUCAUUACUUUAUAGUGGAAGCUGACAUAAAGGAGUUCACAACUUUGAAAGUUGACAAGAAGUUUCACAUGUUACUGAAUAUUUUACGACACUGCCGGAGGCUAUCAGAGGUCCGAGGGGGAGGACUUACCCGUUAUGUUAUAACCUGAGGCCAUUGCAACCUUUUGAAGGGACCAACAGUAUAGAGGCUAUUCCUAUAAUUUUCUUAUAUAUAAUUUUUUUGUAUAUAAGUUAUUUAGCUUUUGCAUUUCCUGUUCUUGUUUCUUAUAAAAAUGAAACUUUUUUGGAUACUGCAUAUACAUUUUCAAAAUUCACUUCUUUUCAGUGAAUAUUUAACCACCUGCCAUAUAAGCCUCUGUACUAGGCACAUAAUGGAACUAAAAAAUGCUCAUAAUCUAGUUUUUGUGUUUAGUGGGCAAUGCUGCAGAUCCCACUAAGAUGGGUAUACACGUGAUAUAGGAAGAAAAAGGUCAAGAAGAUAAUGUCAAGGAUACCCAGGCCCUUUGGAAUUAAAGGUCACUAGUGUCUAAAUUCCAUCAAUGGCAUUUCAGUCUAUAGGUUAACUUCCUUGAAGUUGGAUUUGGAGGUGGUUUAUCCAUCUCAUUGUUAUGCUUUCACACAUGUCCUUAGGAAGCAGCUUACCUGAAAUGCAUUUCAGUAUAAACCAGUCUGUAAACUUUAAUAUGUAAUGAAAGUGUAAUAAAAGUAUAUUCAGAUGAUGUGAUAUUGUGAUAUAAUAAGAAAUUUCCUUGUUCAGAGCUUCUAAAAACCCUGCAAAUUUGCUGAGGAUAGGAGAGUCUUGUUCUUAUGAGGCAAUUCUUGAUGGGCUCCUGGUUAACUUCAGGAUGGGAGCUGCUCACAAAGACUGAUUAGAAGAUUUAACCUUUCAGCUCUGCAACCCCCUGCCACCUCCAGGAAGGGGAGAGGGGCUGAGGAUUGAGUUAAUAAUCCAUCAUGCCUAUGUGGUGAAGCUGUAAAAAUCCUUAAAUUAUGGGGUUUGGAGAGCUUCCAGGUUGGUGAACCCAUCAAUGUGGCAGGAGGGUGGCGCACCCCAACUCCAGGGGGACAGAAUGCUUGGGACCUUUCCAGACCUUACCCUAUGUACCUCUUCAUCUGGUUGUUCAUUGGUGUCCUUUAUCACAUCCUUUAUAAUAAACUGGUUAACAUAA